AUGAGUUCAAAAAGGAUUGAGCAUCUCUCAACUCUUCUCAAUCUUACAAAUGAUGAAAUUAAUGCUCGUAUAAGCAGUAUCAAAGAUCAAGAAAGGAGAUCAAGAAAUUUAAUUAUGGGCAGAUAUUACAUUCUUCAAAGAGAUAAUAUCUACGCCGAAGCAUAUCAAGUAGCUGAUUGCAUGGAUAGAAUUUCUGCACUUCAAUAUCUUCAGUUAUCCAUUCGAAAAAUUAUUGAUGAAAUUGACAUUCUUCAGAAUUUCGAUCCAAAUACAAAUGAUAGUAUUACGAGUUCAUGA